GUCUGCGGAGAAGUAAAACUAAAGGGUUCAUACGUCUACUGGAAAAAGAAUUAACAAAGAGAAGACAUAUAUUUUUUAAAGAUUUAAUUCCCAUAAGGUUAGAAAAAAAUUUAACUUAGUCUUUAUUUCUGUUAAUUUUAAAUAGAAGAUUGUUUUCCCUAAUGAUUAAUUAUUAUUAUUACAAACUGUGAAUGGUCCUAGUCCUGGUGGCACAGUCAGUGGUGAAGAAGGAUGGUGGAUUGUAACGAGAGUACUCAUUUAGUCGUAGAGGAGAAGUAGAAGUGAAUAAUAAUAAUGUCAAACUUUUACUUUUAGCCUAGGUUAAGGGCUUCGUUAGUCUAAUUAAGUAGAGGUGAAACCUCAUCAAUCAAGGUAAUCAUAAAUGAAUAAAUGUUCGUGAUUAGUGUUAUUAAAAUAUUAGUAUGUAUCAGUAUCAGUCAAUAAGUCAAUAAGAAUAAGUGAAAGUGCUAGUUAGUAACUUUAAUAAGUCAACUGUUAGUAGUUGCCCUUUUAGCCCUUCUUAGUUGGAACUUGACUUAUAGUAUAUUUACACUAAAUUCUAAAAAAAAAUUCCCACAGUACCACAGUCAUAGUACCACAGUUACCCACGAACUGUGGUCGGCUGAAAAAAUUGGCUGAUACUGUUACUAUUAUUCUCGUUCUGUACUGUGGCGGCCGAAAAAAUCUGCAGAUUAAAAACACGGUCAAAUAGCAACUUCCAAUCCAAUAUGUAGCUGGAAUUAUAACCACUUCCUAUUAUUAAUAAUUAAAUCAUCUUCGGGUCAAGCUGUUUGUUGAUAAUUGAUAACUUAACAUUAUCAUUAACUUAUUGAAUAAGUCAGUCAUUUUUAAUCAGAGUUUUAUAUUGCUGGUUUUUUAAAGCUAAAAUGGAUGAAUCCAUGGCUGGGCCUUCAGUACGAGAAAUAAAAAAAUAUUUUUGAAAGCUUUUUAAGAGCGUAUUUGAAGUAUUUGGUAAAUUUUGAGUUAACCGUUUGGGUUUUGCCAAGAGUUUUUUCACCCUUAGCACAGUGAUGUCACAUUGGGGAAUCCCAACACUGGACUUAGGGUGAAUAGAUAUAUUCUUUGAAGGACCCGAGCGAUGUUUGUUAUAACAUUCCUGUUCUUAAUUGAGCAUUACUCAUGUCAUAAACGAUACGGUUAAUAUAAAGUAUAUUGAAAUGAAAUUUUCCAUUAAUUUGUAUUAAAACUCAACUUACAUAUUUCAAAAGAAAGGAAAAAAAAAAAACACAUCCUUGCUGAUACCCCAGUUUCUUAUAUAAAAUUGCUUUCAGAGGUCUAAUUGUAGUCAAAACUAUACAUUUUCUGAAAGAUAAAUGAAUUGGCUACAACAUUCAGUAGUAUUUUAAGUGAAUCUAUCAAAAUGAAUGAUGUUAUGAGCACCUGAAAGCAAGACAUUUUGUCGAUUUUUUUUCCUUGAGCACUCCAAGGUCAAGGACACUGAGCAAAAAAUUUUUACAGGGUGGGAAAUAUAGCCAACUUGCCCAUCCAUUUACCUUUCUAAAAAUAUACAACUAUUGGGGUCUUGUAUCAAUAUUUCUAUGUCAUUUAAUGCAAUUUCAAAAGGCACUCAAAAAAGCUCUGAAAAGCUCCCACACUACAGAAUGAUCCAUGCCACAGUUCAUGGGUUAAAUUAUCAAAUAUAACAAGGAUUUGGGCCUACAUUACUGUCAUUACAGUGAAAUUACACAACUAACUGUUUGAUCAUAACAUUUUACUGUUUACAAUUACCGUACACUGACUCUAGGUCAACAACUAGGUCUAUAUUCUAUACGGACUAUGUGAUAGCUACGGCUAGGAUUGGGUUAGUGUUAGUGGUAAAACCGGAGAUGUUUUCUAUGGCGCUAUACACAACAUUACAGACCAUGGGUGUCAUGUAAGUGACCCAGAACCCAGGUCAACUGCUGGAAAUAGUUCAUGGGGUGUCAUUUCAGUUUUUUUUCAGGGGGGGGGGGGGGGGCAAAACCAAAACUUGGUCGCCUUGCUAAGUUGUUUAUUACUGGAGGUGCCACAGUACAUAGCAAUUUAAAUAAAACCUGCAAUUUCAGGGGGGUGGGGGUGGCAAAUGCUCUCCUGCCCUACCCAAAUGAUGACCCUGCAUAGUUUUGUGCUCAUGUUAGCUCUGUAUUAUGUGAUACAAUGGAUUCCAUGAAAAUUGAAGUUAAUCACCGAUCUCUUGAUACUCCUACUAGCCCUACCAGAAAAUUAAAGGCUAGGAAGAAGAGUCUUUGACAUGGACGACAUUGUUAAAAUUAGAUUAGGAAGAUAAUUCAAAUUAUAAAAGGAAGAAUAUCAAUUUUUCUAAGAUUAAGACAAAGUUAAAAAAAAAAAUUGGAAACAAUAAUUCCACAAAGAAUAAAUUAGCUCAAUUAAAUCUCAACACCAAGGCACAAAAAUAAAAAGAGUAUUUUUUUUAAUGAGAUCCAGGGUUAAAUUUGUGCUCUUAUCAUGUCUGUUUUUAUUAUAAUAAUACAAACCCAUCACCAUAUUCUUGACUUGGUUAUUAGACUUGGGAGUCUAUCCAUCAGGCUUCAAGUAAAUUAGACUUAGUAGGCUAUCGAUCAGGCAUUGGGUUCAUUUUUACAAAAUAAAAAUUGUGGGUGAAUAGUAAAUGAUUGAUACAUUGAAUUGACCCUUAUACUUUGAAAUGUCAUUUUAUUUGUUGUAAGUUAUACAAUUUAUCAUGGAAAUGAUAACUAUAUCUUACAGUAUAUAAGUAAUAUAUUUUAUUGUGAUUAACAAAAUUGUAAUUACAGGAUAUAACCAGUAAAAAUUUAAAAAAAAAGAAAGACUACUCCGUUAUUGUAAAAUGAGGUGGUUUGAAGAUGGAAUUCCGAGGGCUAUCCAGACAGCAAAGUCCAAUAAAUCAGUUUUUAUUGUCUUCAUCACCGGUAAGUUGUGGACGGACAGGUAGUUGAUAUGUUGUUAUAGAGCUUUGAAUUAUUUUAGAAAGAAAUGUGUUAUCAGUUGGUAGAUCUCCGUAUCUCAUGUUAAAGCUAUGCUAGUUUUCACUUUGAGCACUGCAGAAAUAGUUUCAUUUGAGUGUUUCAUUACAAUUGCAUUUUCUUUUUAAAAUUAUUUUAGGAAGAACAAGCAAACCCCCCCCCCCCUUUUCCCCCAUUCCAUCUAUUCUCCCCGGGCUCACCAUUUAUAGUUUCAUUUGAGUGUUUCAUUACAAUUGCAUUUUCUUUUUAAAAUUAUUUUAGGAAAAACAAGCAAACCCCCCCCCCCUUUUCCCCCAUUCCAUCUAUUCUCCCCGGGCUCACCAUUUCCAUUCUAUUAACUUUUAAUGCAUUCUUAUUAGAAAAAAAAAAAGAAGUUCAAUAAGUAUUUAAAAAAAGUAUAAUGAAUGCCUACAAAAAAAAUAUAAUUUUCCAAUUAAUAUUUUAGGAUCCCAAAAAUAAUUAAUGAUUUCAGACUCAACAGAAUAUUCAUGUUUAAAAUUUAACAAUGGUGCCUUUAAAAAAAAAAGUGAAUUAAAUAAAUCCAGCAUCAGUUUUAAAAAAAAAGGCUAUGGAUAUUUUUAUCGUGGAAAGACAUGAACUUGAAAUAAUGUCUUGUGGUCAUUUGUAGUUAUUUAGAACAAAUUGACAACUGACCAAAUUUUGUCUCAACAUGAUUGUUGUCAUUUUUUUUUUUAAACCCCUGAAUAGUAAGCCUUAAAUACAUUUAAAGAGUUUUGUUUUUUUCAUGAUCAUGUGACUUCAUUUUUCUCUAGUUACUUUUUUACUGUGGCACAUACAAAAAAUUAUAUCAACUCUUUCAGGGGAGGAGGAAAAGUCUGCAGAAAUGGAGUCUUUCCUACAAACUGAAGAUGUUACAACUGUCUGUGAAGAAAAUAGAUGUGUAGCCAUCAGAAUUACCUCAAAUAGGUUGGUUGCGUGCCAUGUUUGCCAAGUCAUAUUAUAAAACUUUGCUGUGUCGUGCUAAACAACUUAAAAAAUUCAUUUCAUUUAAUUUAAUCUCCCAUUGUAAUAACUCAAUAUAGGUACUGUAAGCUCUUUUUUUUUCUCCCAGCAAUGAUGUCAAGUUGUUUUCACAGAUUUGUAUCCUUUUCAACUUGAACCGGUUACAAAAUUAGUCAUUUUCAAAGACAUUAUUCAUAAGUUUUAUGAAAAUAGUAAUACAUAGUAUUUUAAAAUAAAUGUUCUAAUGCACAAAAACUGUUUCUAUUACAUAUUCAAAUUAACCGGUAUUAGAAUUUUUUAUUUUGUUUAAUUCCUGUCGUGUAGCCAGGGUUAGUGCCAUCCAAGAUUUUUUGCCUCCCCUGUUUCAUGCGCAAACUUUGCUGUUUACCAAAAAUGUGGCCCCUAAAUAUAAGAAAAAAAUGUAUGGUAUCAUGAUGAUAUGGUCUCAGAUCUGGUUCAUUACUGAGAAGCAGCAGGUUGGAUUUCUUCAAAUGUCAUCUCAGGCUGUGCGCUAUCAGCUUGAAUGACAGAACGUGUUAGACCAUGUAAACCCUGGGUAUUUAAAAAAAAAAACAACCAUGAAGUCCAGCAGCCACUUAAUGAGUGACCAAAGCAUCAGCUGUUUGUCCAAGCCCAGGCCUACACUACAGGGAUUGCUGUCAAGGCUACAAAGGAAAUAUUGGAAAUCUAGCCACCCAUGAUUAAAUAUUUUAAGUGCAGCCUUUUGUUUUUCUAUUUUAAAGAUUACUGUGAAACAUUGUUUUAUUGUGAGGCUGAAAUUAUUGAAAAUCCAUUAGCCCAUAAACAUGCUUUCAAAGAAAUUAAAGAGGCGAUGACUAGUUAUUUAAGGGUGAAAUUGUGUAUUAUGUCUUUGACCAAAUGAACCCAGACCCCGUUGUUGUCAUCCCAUCAACAUUCUUCAUUGGGGACAAUGGUGUGCCCCUGGAGGUGAUUGGUGAAUGCAAGUCACAUGAGGAUUUUCUGGCCAAAGUUAAAAAUGCUAUUGAGGUGAGAAGUUUUGCUAUGAUCAAAUUGAAUUUAACUCAGGACGAUGGAGUCGUAAAAGAAAAAUAUAUAUUAUUAACUUCUGCUUAGACUUAGAAAAAUGUGUAUUCAGUAUCCAGCCUUCAGUGGUAAAACAAUUAAUUUUCAGUGAAAUUCUAUUUUUAUAUUUUUUAAUUAAAUUGAAUUCAAAAUUAUGUUGUUGUUUUUUAUGUCUGGUAUCAUCUAGUAAUCAUUUGCUGAUCACAAUAAUUUUUUAACCCAGGUAAAAUUGUUCCAUUCACUCCCAUUGCUGGCUUGGACUUGCUCCAUCUGCAAUGGAGGAGUUAGACUUGAGGUGUAAACAUUUUUAGAUUUAUAAUGAAAAUGCAAAAAAAUGAACAUUAAAAAAAAGAUAUAAAUAUUUUUUAGCUGAUGGGACGGUGGGGGUCAGUUUUGACUUUGAUUUAGCUAGUGAAACAAAAUUUCCUUGAAGUAUAACUAUGGACAUUGUAUAAAUGCUGGGGUUUUUUUGGUGCUGUUUGAAAGUUCAAUGACAUAUGUAACAAGAUGAAUAGUUUCUUGAAAUUCCUGGUCCUGUUUUUGAAGAUAUCUUAUAAAAUAAAGUGUUUCAAAUUAUAAGAGCAUUAGUAGAAAGGAUUGUCAUCGCCUGUGAGUACAAUAAAAUUGUGUGCCUGCAUGAAAUCGCUUAGUUUUUCAUGGGAUGGGUUGGCUUGGUGGGCCAUGAGUUUGAAGCUCUAACUUCACUGUUUCAGAUAUUGUCCUUAAAACAGUGGUGGGCCACCUUUUUUUUUUUGAGUAGAGGGCGGCAUGGAAAUUUUGUUUUUUUAUUUGGGAAGGCAGCAUAAUUUUCUAGUAAUCAGGUUCUAGACAAUAAAUUGAACAAAUUGUUUUUAAAAAUUUAUUUAUUUAAUAAAUAUAUACUAUCUGAAGGGGAAGAUUGUGUAGUCUUUUGGUAUUGAGUUACGGUACAUACUGUAUCUAUAUUUAAUUGGAUUUUUUGGAGCAGCAAACUGCUUUUACCUGGGUUCCUGGAGGGUUUUGCGGAUCGGAUUAAACUUUAAGCGGGUCGUGGAUUGCCCAUCCCUGGCUUAAAAUGAACAAGAAAUGGUGAUUUUUUAUUUUUUUUUUUAACCAGAUGUCCCUUUUAUUUUCAGUUACAGAAAAAAUCUACAGCUUCAGGAGCUGAGACGUCUCAGUCUUCACACCAACAGGCCCCAUCAGUUGCACCCCAACAGGCCCCAUCAGUCCCACCCCAACAGACCUCAUUAGUUCCGCCCCAACAGACCCCAUCGGUGCCACCCCAGAAUGAAAAAAUAUUAACAGGUAAGGGUUUAAAAUUAUUUUAACAGUAAAUAAUCAUCUCUUUUAUACUACUUUAUGUAAGAUUCAUCUGAAUAUGAAACAUCUAUGGCAGGUGAGGAGGACUUAGCUGGUGCUACUGGAGGAGAAUCUGCAGUGGUGGGGAAUGGAGAUGAAGGGGCAGAUUCAGGACUGACUCUGGAGGAGCGAGUUGAAAAGUCGGUUGGGAUGUCUUUUAAAUCUGUUAUUUUUAAUGAUAUAUAUGUUUUGUUAAUGAUUAAUAAUUAAAUUCACUUUGAUGGUUGGCUGGUGGAAGUUUUAAAAAAAAAAAAAUCACAACAGAUACUCUAAGUGGAAGAAUGCUUUGAAAAUUUAACAGUGAAAAUCAUCUCCUUCUGGAACCGAUUACUGUGUUGGUUUUACUGAUAUAUAAAUUAAUUUCAAAUUAUAAGAAAAAUACAUUUUAAAGACGCAAAAAUCAAAUUUAGCUUUGGUUGUAUCAUCCAAUUUUGUUUGUGCAUCCUGAGUGUUAGAUGGAUUUAUAUCUGCUUGGCACUGUGUUAUCUUUCAGGGCCAGGUUGUUGGUGGAAUAUAAACGUGAAGAAAAGAUGAGGAAGGAAGCAGAAGUAAGUUUUGUAGGAAAAAUAAUUUUUCAUUUAUUUAUAUGGUACUUUGUAUAAGUUAGUGUUCAAAUCUAAAUAAUAUAAAAGGAGUGGUUAUUCGGCAGGGAAAAGCCGUGAGCUCCCUGUAGUAAACCAUUUUAUUGGGUGGGAAUAACUUUGAACAUUGUUCCCAGCGGACUGUGUGAUAAUAGUGCUAUGAUAAUAAAGUCUGUUGAAAUUAAUACACAUUAUAGAUUCAUUAGAUAAUUUAAUUUAUUUUUUUUAAUUUGCUAACUCUAGUAAACCAAUUAUCAGCUUGGAAUAACGUGGAGCAUUAUACACAGUUGCCUGGGAUUAACGUUGAGCAUUAUUCCCAGCCGGCUACAUAACGCCUCCCUAAUAUAAAUUGGAUAGUCUAAGGUUAUAAACUGAAAAGUAAAAAAAAAAAUAAUAAUGAAAAAGAAGGUGUUGAACUUUUGAGAAAGCAGUAUUAAAUUCAAAUAAAUUUAGUGUGAAAUCCAACUACAUGCUCCAGACAAACCAGGGUUUGAGAGGCAAUAACUUCCAGCAGGCCAGCUUUAAAGAAAGCUAAACUUGUUGUCUAACAGGAGGCCAAAAAAAGAGAGAUAGAAAGGAGGAAUAUUGGUCAGGGGGUGCAGAAAUUGCGUGAGAAGCAGAAAGAAAUGGACAUCCUGGAGGCAAAGAAGGAGCUCAAGAAGGACAGAGAUGAAGAGAAACUGGCAAGACAGAGAGUGAAGGAUGAAAUUGAAAGAGACAGGUGAGUGCCAUGUAACAUUUAGACAGGUGAGUAUUAUUUGCAAUGUUCAAAAUUAUAUAGAUAUUUUAAAUUUCUCAUGUCAGUUUAAUUGUGUAGAGAAACUGAAAUGUGGGACUGUUAUUUUUAUGUUUGCCAAAAUUUUAUACUUUGAUUCCGAUAUACAAACAGAACUCCCCCACCCCCACCUGUUGCAAUGCAGGGAUGUCAUUCAGGGAGGGCCCAACCCCCACCUCACCCCCCCCCCCUACCCGCUAAUUUUGCAAGAUUUUUUUAAAAUUUGGUAUUUUUUAUGUUUGUCAAAAUUUUAUACUUUGAUUCCCAUAUACAAACAGACCUCCCCCACCCCCACCUGUUGCAAUGCAGGGAUGUCAUUCAGGGAGGGCCCAACCCCCACCUCCCCCCCCCCCCCUACCCGCUAAUUUUGCAAGAUUUUUUUAAAAUUUGGUAUCAGUAUCUAAGAUAUCAGAAAAUCAAACACAGGAGAAAAUAAUUACAACAAAAAAAACUAAAAAAACAAGAAAAUCAAAAAAUUAAUCUGGCGAUUAUUAUUUAAAUUGAUAGUAAUAGAUAACUCAACAAGCCAGGCAAGUUUUGGUUUUUUGCGCCAUGCCACCCCCCUCCCCUUUCAAAACAUUGCAAUGACAUCCCUGUUGCAAUGCAGAAAUGUUUAAUCAAAUUAGGAUUAUGUUACCGUUAAAAUAUUUGUGCUCAUAAUACAUGGCUGAUAUCCAUCUAUAUAGUCAUUUUAAUUAAAAGGAGCUCGAUACCUUUUCUCGUUUUAUAUGAGUAACAAACCUAAUAUGUCAUUGUUAAUAAAACGUUUCGCAAUUAUAUGUUAUACUUAAUGUUGAACACACGACAGGCAGGAGAAAGCUGCGAGGUUUGGAAAGGACAAAGACAACCAGCUCAAGGUGGACGAGGCACAGAAAAAGAAAAGGUUGUUGGAACAGCAAGCUGCUCAGGCCAUCGAACAAGCCAGGAAGAGGUGAUUUCUCAGAAAUUUUUAUGCAAAUGCGAAAACUGUUACAGGAAACACAGUCGGAAUAAUCCGCUGAAUGUUUAAACAGCUCAUGGAAAUGUAUCGAGAAUUUUUCCCUUAUGUCUCCCAUUUAUAUUUGAAAAGAAUAUUUCUAACAGUUUCUCCUAAUUUCAAUACAUAAUAUAUUACAAUUUUUUUAAAGGAUUAAGUUUUGGGGCCCCAGUUGGUGUCAAAGCCAAAGCUAUCAGGUUUGCCUUACUUUCAGAUUAUAAAUGAAAGUGUCAAAGGUUUAAUUUUAGCAUAUUGAAAUUAAAAUACAAUUAAUUGGGUAAAGUAAUGAACUGCAAGGAUAAAGUUUAAAUUUUUGUUUUAAACACUGGUCAUAAAUCCUUUUUUUUUUGCAUUUGUUUACUAUUGUUCAAACCUAUUCUUUGUGUUUAUUAAAAAGUAUUUACCAGGCUACAAGUUUAUUUUAUUUAAAGAAGCGAGGCUUGAUUUUUAAAAUUUCUUUUUAAAUGUCAAAACUUUUUUAAAAAGUCAUGAUGCACACUUGUGGACCAGCACUGGAUUAAUCACUGUCAAAGAUAAAUGAGCUUUUCCAGUAUGACAUUAACCUGUACUACGGUCAAAAACGUGAAAAGGAAACUUGUUAAAUAAAAUUGAAACUUCAUUAGCAAGGGUGAUAUACAUUUUUCUUCACUUUUUUUAAAAACGGGUGUUUUGACAAUUAUUUUCUUGCAGUGAUAUUGCAAGAAUUCAGUUCAGGUUACCAGAUGGCUCAUCAGUCACUCAGAAUUUUCCUGGGACAGAGAAGUUCGCUGUUUUAAACCAAUUUAUUACUCAGGUACCGAACAUGAUUUUUCUGUUUUAGAACCAAUUUAUAACUUACAACUCUGGUAUCACCCAAGAUUUUUCUGUCAUAUUACUUUUUAUUUGAUAAAGGUAUAAUAAAAAUGAAUUUGUUAAAUGAUAUAUGAACAUGAAUUUGUUAGUGAUAUAUAACAUGAAUUUUUUUUUAUUAACAAUAUAGUUACAAAUGAAUUUUUUGUAUUGUUAACAGUAUAGUUACAAAUGAAUUUUUUUUUGUAUAGUUAACGGUAUAGUUACAAAAGAAUUUGUUAAAAUCAGGUUUUACUUCAAAUAUAUGCAAUUUUUCCUUUUAGCAUAUGGGAUCAGCGGUUAAUUUGUCUAUGGCAUUCCCACGGCGUACCUUCACAACAGAGGAUCAUAGCUUAACAUUACAGGAGCUUCAGCUUGCCCCGUCUGCUGUCAUUUUGGUCAUUCCGGUCAGUGCUUUUUUGAUAUCUUAAUUGGGUUUUGCUUCGCUCCUCUGCAGACACGCGUAUUCUGUCCAUUCCCAAGACACACACUAAAACAUAUGGUGAACAAUCUUUCUCUUUCUGCGCCCCCAAACAAUGGAAUUCUUUGCCAAUCAACAUAUGCAAUAUACCAACCACCCAGGCCUUCAAAACUGCACUCAAAACAUAUCUUUUUAAAUUAUACUACCCUGACUGAUUCCCCUCCUCUGACCGAUAAAUGAUCUUGCUGGCUGCCGUCCAUGGUUUGCCGUGUAAAAGUUAUGUGGUGGGGUGGGUGAAUAUACAUUGCUGUUCUUUAUUUCAUAAAUGUAUUUUAUUUUAAUGUCAUGAUUAUGUCUCUUUUGAUAAAAAUUUUAUGUACAGCGCGGUGAGCCCAGCCCUAGGCUGGGGUACCGCGCUAUAUAAGACGUCUUAUUAUUAUUAUUUAUAUCAGAGAGAUGACAUUGACAUUAUCUUGUACCUGUGGCUUUGGACUUUGUUAUCAAGUAUAAACAAUUAAUGUAAACAGCUCAUGGUAUGGUUAGUACUUGAAUAAAGACAAAGCAAUGAGGGUGUCAGAAUCCUUCAUCGGUGAACCAAAAUAUAAGUUUUACCCUAACUUUGCCAGUAGGAUACCCAACCAGAGCCCUCAAUACACUUCAUGUUAAAAUUUUCAACUUUAAAAUUAUCCACUGAAAAGCUUUACUUGAGGAUAAACAAAUUUUAUUAUCAUUUACAGGAAAGGAAGGAAGCAAAAUGGGUCCAAAAUGACUUUUUUCCCCUUUCUUCCCCCCCCCCCCUCGGAAGUGUGUUGGGGGGGGGAGGCGUAUUGAAUUCUCAAAGAUCAUAAAUCAAAUAUCUGUGUUCCCCAGCAAAGGAUACCUUUUAUUUAACAAGCCAAUAAUUUUUCUCACACCUUAAUUAAUAAUAUAAAUAUUUCAUUUCUCAAAUUUUAUUUUUUGAUUUAAUAAAGUUCCCGGGCAUGUUUUUGUUACACUUCUUGAAUGGACCACAUUCAAGUUGCCUAAUGAAAGCCUUGACCCUACUCCCCACUUCCAGGCAGGUAUUUCCACAUCACAAGUUGCCUAAUGAAAUUCUUGACCCUAUUCCCCACUUCCAGGCAGGUAUUUCCACAUCACAAGUUGCCUAAUGAAAUUCUUGACCCUACUCCCCACUUCCAGGCAGGUAUUUCCACAUCACAAGUUGCCUAAUGAAAUUCUUGACCCUAUUCCCCACUUCCAGGCAGGUAUUUCCACAUCUGAAGUAAGAGGCUCCAGCUCUCUCUCUUUGGCCAGGAUCACCAAUUUGCUCUUCUCACCCAUUUUCUUCCUUUGGAACCUGUUGACUUCCAUCUUUGGUCUCUCUGGUUCAUCAGCUCGACCUGGCAGUGCUCAGUCUUCACACCCACCAUCUACAGCUCGGGGAGGGGAGAGGAACCAAGGAAGGUAAUAAAAUAAACAUUUUGGGUCAUGAAGAUAGUGAAAUCAGGUAAAUAACAGAAGAAAUUAUGGCCACCUUAACCCAUCAUUUUUUAUGAAAUUUUUGUUGAAAGAGAUACAAAUUUAAAUUUUAUCCAGUACAGUAUGUGUAUUGGGAAAUGUGUGUCCUCAACAGUACCAUAUAAAAAUCUGAAUAAAUCAGUGUCUGAAAUUGGAUGGGGGCAAUAAUCCUUUCGGAGAAAUCUAGUGAUUAGUCAUUCUUUUAUUUAGAACUUGGUUUGGUUAACAUUUAAUUUGGCCGAAUAUAUAUAGCAUGUAGUACCAGUAGGUAAUCAAUUUAAUUUAACAAAAUCAUUCUGAAUAAUAUUAAGCAAAAUAUUUUAAGAUGCAGAUAUACCAGUAAAUAUGAAGAAUUAUUUUAUUAAUUGAAACUAAUCACAUGCUCUGUAUGUGUAUAAUGGAAUAUAAUCUAAAACUACAUACAAAUACAAUAAGUCAAUCUUAAAUUUAAAGAUGUGCCUAAAAGAAUACAUUUUAAUAAGCGUAAUGGGUUCCAAUGGUAUAUAUGUCACCACAGCAAGCUUUAGAAAUGUUUACAGAUUUGAUUACCGGUAGGGUAUUUUUUAAAAAACUCAAAAAACUCGUGUCAAAAAAAGUAUGUAUCAGUACUGGUAAAAUACAUUUAAAAAAAAUUUUUCUCAACAAAUUUACUCGCCAAUUUUAUUUGUGCUUUUAUGAUAAUUAGUACCGUACCAUUACUGUAACAAUAGUUGAAUUAAUAGAAUUAAUUUUUGACAAAUAGUAGUAGUAGGGCCUAUUUUCUGUGUUGUGCAAUGGUACCGGUACGGUAUAGAAUUACUGGUACAGUAUGAUAUAAAAGUUUAGUCUGCCAUUUCUAGUGGAAAUUAUUUCCCACUAUUCUUAACUCAAAACCUAACAGUGCCCAAAAACGACCAGCAUCCAGUUCACGUCAAGAGGGAUCAGUCAGACGUUUCCGUAAUGCGCAAGAUGAUGACAACGAUGAUGAGAGCAACACCUGGAAUGGAAACUCUACCCAGCAAAUGUAAUGAAAUAUUUCUCAGUAGAUAAAACUAAUUUAUUGAUUUUUAUUCAAUGUUCAUCUUACUCUUAACUGUGUACACUGGUAUGCAGUUCUCCAGUGGGGAGCCAUAAAUAAAACUAAAAUUGUGAUACAGAAAUGCAAAGAAAUAAAAUCUUCAGGAAACAGACUUUUGAAAUUGUACAACUUUUUACCUAUUUUUUUUAAUACCAGUAUGCAAAUGAAUAGACAUUAUAUUAAACAGAAAAUGGCACACCUAU